AAAGUUGUGGGGGCUGUGUGAGGAUAAUAUUGGAAGUGGGAGGUGGGUAUCCCUCCUCCACUGUCUUUUUUUCAUAUCUCUCUCUCCUCUCUCUCUCUCUCUCUCUCUAAAAGACUUUGCUAAUUGGCCUGCUAGCUGGUCUCCCUCCCCCAGCCUCAGCUCUUUCCCUUUCAGCUGGAGGAGAGAUAGAUGAGAGAGGACUGGAUGAAGGAGGGGAGAGGGAUAUAUAGGCCGGUGUCUUCUGUAGAGAGAGAUUGAGAGCAAAAGGGAAAUAAAGGAACUCUUGCAGGCACUCAACACUGACAUGAGUGAUCUCAUGCUCUUGAUACCUUGGUACUCUUACAUCACCCUUCUUCCUCCUCUCCCCUCCUCAUCCCCCAAGCUCCUCCUGCCUCUUUCUAGCUAGGAUCUUCAACAACCCUCUCUCUCCAAUUCUCUAUCCCCCUAUAGAAAGAAGAAAGAAUAUAGGAGAGAGAGGUGUGAAGCUAGGCAGCAGGCAGCUGAUUUUUCUUAUGUGCAAGAGAGACAGGACGGACAGCACGUGCCGGAGGAGCUCAUGAGCUAGCUGCAUCAAUUCCUGAGGUAACUGACAUAGAGAAAUAGAUAUGAUAGAGGUGAGAGAGAUGGUGAUCGAGGAGGAGGAGGAGGAGGCAGCUGUUCUGCUGAGUGAUGUGCAAAACCACAAGCUUGUGAUCUUGCACUCAUCAAGCUAUUAGUUGAGGAGGAGAAUUUCGUGCACGAAUUAGAGCACAGAGCCAAGGUUUUUGGGGGCGGGGCGUCGUCGACGUAUAGGCGAUGGCGGCGUACUACCACGGCGGCGCCGGCACGGACAUCCAGGCCAGCACCGACGGCCUGCAGACGCUGUACCUCAUGAACCCGAGCUACGCCGGCUACGCGGACGACGGCGGCGCGUCCACGGCGCCGGGGGCGACCAACAUGAUGCUCCUCAACUCGGCCGUGACCACCAUGACGCCGGCGUCCUUCGCCCACCACCACCAGCAGCAGCAGUCGCCGUCGUCGGCCGCGCAUCAUCAGCAGCAGCAGCACUUUGUCGGCAUCCCGCUGCAGGCGCCGCCGUCGGGCUACAACCUGUGGACCCCGGCCACGGUCGCCGCGGACAUGUCGAUGUCGUCGCCAACGCAGGCGCAGACUCCCGGCGGCGCCGCGGCGGGUGGAGUCAGCGCCGUGCUCAGCCUGUCGUCCCGCGAGGCAGCGCCGCCGCCGGUCACGGUGGCCGCGGUGGCCGGCCCCGGCUGCACCGACGAGGCGGGCAAGUACCACCUGGGCGUGUCGGCCACGUCGCAGGGGCAGAUGGUGAUGAGCUCCAAGUACCUCAAGGCUGCGCAGGAGCUGCUCGACGAGGUGGUCAGCGUCAGCAAGGGCGUCGAGGACGCCAACAAGACGACGACCAAGAGCCUGGCGGCGGUGAAGAAGAAGGAGGACUCGGAGGGGGUGUCCGGUGGCGGCACCGAGGACGGUUCCGGCGCAAAGAGCGGCGGCAGCGGCGCGGCGGAGAUGUCCACCGCGGAGCGGCAGGAGCUGCAGAUGAAGAAGAGCAAGCUUAUCAACAUGCUUGACGAGGUGGAGCAGCGGUACCGGCAGUACCACGGGCAGAUGCAGGCGGUGUCGUCGUCGUUCGAGGCGGCGGCGGGCGCCGGGUCGGCGCGGACGUACACGGCGCUGGCGCUGCGCACCAUCUCGCGUCAGUUCCGGUGCCUGCGCGACGCGAUCGCGUCGCAGGUGCGCGCCGCGAGCCGCGCGCUGGGCGAGGACGCGGACGCCGCCGUCGCCGCCGGCGGCCGCACCGUCGGCUCCCGCCUCCGCUACAUCGACCACCAGCUCCGGCAGCAGCGCGCGCUCCAGCAGCUCGGCAUGAUGCAGGGCGGCGCCUGGCGGCCCCAGCGCGGCCUCCCCGAGCGCUCCGUCUCCAUCCUCCGCGCCUGGCUCUUCGAACACUUCCUGCACCCAUACCCCAAGGAUUCGGACAAGAUCAUGCUCGCCAAGCAAACCGGCCUCACCAGGAGUCAGGUGUCGAACUGGUUCAUCAACGCGAGGGUGCGGCUAUGGAAGCCCAUGGUGGAGGAGAUGUACCUGGAGGAGACCAAGGACCAGGACGGAGGCGGCAACGACGAGGGGAAGUCCGGUGGAGGAGGGAGCAAGAGCGGGGACACUGUCGACGGCGUCACGCCGAGGGCGGACGCCAUGUCGUCCAAGUCCGCGGUGGUGCGCGUGGGAGGCGGAGGUGGGGCGGCGGAGAGCGCGUCCACCAACAAGGGCAUCCAUGGCUCCUCCCUGCUCGAGCUCGGCGGCGGUGGCGACCACCAGCAGUCUCACGCGGGGUUCUACGACGACGAUGAAGACGACGGCGACGACGCGAUGGGAAGGAGGCUCAAGAAGGCGCGCGGGGACGAGCCGCCGGCGCCGGCGUUCCACCACGUGCACGACAUGGCCGCGCUGCACGCGCAGGCCGCGGCGGCCGCGAGGCAGCAGCACGAGGAGGUCAGCCACCGGGAGCUGCUCAUGAAGUUCAUGGAGAGCGGCGGCGGCGGUGGCGCCGGAGCGAGGGACCACCACCACCAUCACGACGGCGGCGGGUACUCGCUGUUCGCGCCGGGGCCGUACGGGCAGUUCGCCGCGGAGCCCGCCGCGUUCGCGUUCGCCGGGAACGGCGGGGUGUCGCUGACGCUCGGCCUCCCGCACGGCGCGGCCGGAGGCAGCGCCGCCGAACAGACCGCGUCGUUCCUCAUGGGCAGCACCACGGCCGGCGCCGACAGCGGCAGCCACGGCGCCGGCGCUGGCGGCUACGACAUGAACAUGCAGAGCACCAAGUCGUUCGCGGCGCAGCUCAUGAGGGACUUCGUGGCCUAGCUCGUAGGACACGUAGCAUAGCAGUCGCCCGUCCACGCAAAUUAAUCAAUCUCUCCAUCGAUUAAUUAAUUUAGAGCUUGUAUAGAAAUAAAGGGUUGUUCAAGCCUAAAUAUGCUUUGCAUGUAUAAAGCAGUUAAGCUUGGGCUAUAGGUUUUGGGAAUGUAAAGAUGGGAUAUAUAUCAUGGGGGCGAUGUAUAUAGGUAUAGGAUGAUAGGUAACUAGUAGAUACCCAAACAUUGUACAAGAUUUUAUAUGUAGAUCAUAGGGAUUGGGGGGUAUACAGUAAAAUAUGUGAAAGGGUAUAUUGGAACUGGACUUGGAAGUAAUCUGCAGUAAUUCAGUAUUUGUUUUGCUUACUGUAAA